AUGGCUUUCUCUUCUUCUUGCUUUUCUCAUUCCAAGAUUGAUCACUUAGGGAAGAAUAAAGUUUGGAAUGGUGCCGAGCUUUGUAACAAACUCAUUGUGAGAAAUAGAAUCAACAACUUAAUCAAAGAUUGGAGUUUCAUAAGAGGAUCAAGAGUUCUUGUGAAACAAAAAGCUAUGAAAUUUUCAUCUUAUAGAAAAGCAAGUCCAGUAUAUGCUUCAUUGUUAUCUGGAUCACAACUUGCUAGCACUGCCUUUACAAUAGGAACAACAUCAGUACUUCCAUUUUACACUCUCAUGGUUCUAGCUCCAAAUUCUGACCUAACAAAAAAAUCUAUGCAAAGUAAUGUUCCAUAUGCAAUACUUGGAAUUUUAUAUGCAUAUUUACUGUAUCUUUCAUGGACUCCAGAGACAGUUCAACUGAUUUUUGCAAGUAAAUACUUGCUACCAGAGCUAAGUAGUAUAGGAAAAAUGUUCUCUAGUGAGAUGACUUUAGCCUCUGCUUGGAUUCACCUGCUUGUUAUUGAUCUCUUUGCUGCAAGGCAGGUAUUUGUAGAUGGACAAGAGAAUGGGAUUGAGACAAGGCAUUCAGUUUCUCUUUGCCUUUUCUUUUGCCCUAUUGGGAUUCUUUCUCAUGUCAUAACCAAGGCAAUGACUAAAACUAUCAAGGAAAACAAAUAG